GCUAAACUGGACGGAGUGAGUCUUAUUUCUCCGCUUCCAUCAAUACGUUGUUUUUCGCCUGCGUGAACAAAAAAGGCAGAAUUCUACUUGCAAUUAUUUAUUUGACUUGACUUGAUCAGAGAAACAUGUCAUUAGAAAGUGUUUGUAGAGGAAAUUCAGUUUGCUCUUGAUGAGGAAGAUAAUCAUUCUCAAUGGGCAACGAUCUAAAUUUCCUCUUCUUGCCGUGAGUCAAAGACAGAGCGUUAUGAGAUAUAUUUAUUUUUGGAUUCUGCUCUGCCUGUGUGCCUGCUCCGGGGUUCAAGGUUCCAGUGGAAUUGUGCCGAAGAGAAUGAACGAUGUCUACUACUGGGAACAAAAUACAGCUGCCACACACAAACCUUCCAGUGUUGCCAAACAUGCGGAUCGAAAACAUGCCAACCACGACGAGCAUUCGAGCAGACGAUUGUUCGGUCGACAUGUGUGUACUGAAAACAAGGUGACAAUGGUUCCCGUGAAAGAAAUGCAUUCUUAUUGCAAACCUGCCUAUCAAUCUUAUCUCAGAAGAUGUGACAAAGAUAGUUCUAGAUAUUGUUCGGGCUACAGAGUUGUAUAUGAACUUUCAUAUCGCACAGUCCAAAGGUUGGCUGCGAAGACGGAAUCUGUACAAGCAUGCUGUCCUGGGUGGACUCAGUCUCGAACAUCUGCUAAUGACUGUAAAAAAGCCAUCUGUCACGAGAAGUGCCAGAACGGCGGCAGCUGUACGAAGCCUGACCACUGCUCGUGCCCUCCAGGAUGGACGGGGAAAACAUGCAGCACAGAUGUGGACGAAUGUUCUAAAAGAAAAGACGCCUGUGAUCAUGAGUGCAUCAACACUGUGGGAUCUUUCAGAUGUUUAUGUAAAGAGGGAUAUACAUUAUUAGAAGACGGUAGAACUUGCGCAAAGACAAACAUAACAAGAAAAGAACGUGAACUGGAUCCAGAAUUUUUAAAUAAAUUUGAAGCUAUGCGAAAGCGUCUUGAUGCUCUCGAACAGUGGCAGAGCGAAAUGCUGAGCAGAGAUAAGGAUGACACCAGACAUCAGCGGGACGACAGAAUCAAUUCUCUCAGUGAACAAAUAGCAAUUCUGGAAGAGAGGUUGGAAGAAUAUAAGAAACAAAAACGAAAGCAAAUCAAGUAUGAUCCUUCCAAGUAUACAAAAUAAAAAAUCUUAGCAGGUUCCUGUAACAAAAGGGAAGAGCUACACUUUCCUCGAGUGCAAAAAUGAAAGAUGGUGUCUUCAUAAAUAAAGAUACUUAUGAGUUUCGCUUUAAAGCACAGAGGAGUUUAUACGACGCGUUUUGGCUUGAUGACAUACUUCUAGAUUUCAUUACAAGCUAAUGAAGAAGAGCGGAGUCUGUAACAUUUUUCUUUUCAUAAUUCUGUUGGUAUAUUUGCUGAUAAAACAUGCAUCAAUGCGAUUUUAGUCCGUAUCAUCUUUCUUUUAAAUAAAGCAAUUCUCUUCAUAUCAUAAAUGAAACUUGCAUUGUUUUAACUGUAUUAGGAUAACAUUUUUAAGGUUACUUUUUUU